GUCCCACACCGACGAGCAGCAAAGCACCCAGCCCACCCGCCGGUUGGUCACGCUCACGCACCUGCCCGAUCCCGAUCUCCGGCAGACGCCAUGGCAGCGCCCUCCGCCGUCGCCGUGGCGGGCGUCAUACUCAUAGGGGUGCUCGUCCUACUCGUCGCUGGGGUCUCGGGUGCGCGCCUCCCGGGCCGCGGCGGUGCCGUCCGUGGAGCGACGGCGCUGCCGCGCGGAGGAGCGACGGCCACGGCGGUGUUCGCGCUGGGCAGCUUCUGGCGGUCGGAGGCGGCGUUCGGGUGCCUCCCUGGCGUGAUCCGCACCUCCGUUGGCUACGCUGGCGGCUCCAAGGCCAACCCCGAGUACCGCAACCUCGCCGACCACGCCGAGUGCGUCAAGGUUGAGUAUGAUCCACGGUUGAUUCACUACAGGCAGCUUUUGGAUGUGUUCUGGGCAAGUCAUGACCCACGGGAGGUGUUUGGGCAAGGGCCAGAUGUUGGCAACCAGUAUAGGUCCAAAAGACAUGAACAUAAUUCUCAAGUCACUGGUGUGGUUGCAGAUCUGUUAUCUUCACUAAUGGAACCAUUGAGGCCAGAUUGGCUGCUCUUAGCAAAGAAAAAGAACAAGCUAAAGAUCGUAGCAGCGUUAUUACCACACAGAUCCAACCAUUGGGGGUGUUUCAUUCUGCUGAACCAGAACAUCAGAAAUUUGAACUGAAGCGCAAACCAUUCCUCUUGCAAUUGAUUGGGAAUUUGCCGGAGGAGGAGCUCCUGACAUCAACACUAGCUGCAAAACUGAAUGCAUAUGCUGCUGAGCUCUGUCCUGCGAAUACCCAAAAGAGAAUUAACUCCAAGAUUGAUGAGGUCACAAAGAAAGGAUGGCCCAUCUUAAGGGACAUUUAACUCAUACUGCUCCUGGACUCAAACCGAUUGAUGCAAUGUAGACACAAAAGAGGUGCAUGAUUUUGCAAAGAAGGUUUUUAGGAAUACUUAAGUUGUUCACCAUUGUCAUGGUGACCUUAGUUAUCCAGUCUUCACUUUGCUCAUGAAGAUUAUAUAGUUCGUAGCAUCUUCAUUGGGAUUGUUAGAAGCUAUGUGUUACUCCAUUUGUAACCCAUAUGCAUGGUCCAAAGCUUUGUCAAUAGACAAUAGUUUUCUUUUUGUAUUUUUUUUUCUUUUGUCAAAAUAUAAAUAUUUUGUUUUUAUUCAUUAGAGGUUGUGUUUGUCGUGACUGAUGGUGCGUGUAAAUAUGACCAUUAAAAUUCGGUUAUGUUGAUUAGGGAAGAAUCAUGUAUUCAGUUUGUCUUUGCAAAGAAAGGGCUAAUAUGACAAAAAUUAUGUCA